GUCAGGGGCAGCAGGGGGGGAGAGGGAGCAGAGGGAGCAGAGGGUUGUGGGAGAGGGCGGAGAAGGCGUGCCGGUGAGCAGCAGUGGAGUGAUGUGCCUGCGGCUGACUGCAGUGUCAUCGCCUGUGGUGCCUGGUAAGACAGGCGGGCCGAAUGUGCCUCCCAUUGCUAGUGGGGAGGGUAACAGUGGCCUAGACAGUUCCCCAAUGACCCUCCUGCUGCUUCUCCUACCGCUGCUGCUGCUUGCCCUGGAGAAGGAGCAGGAUCAUCUACAGACUCACCUGAUGCAGCACCUGAUGCACCUGAUAGGGAAACUGGUUCAGUGGCAGCCGAUGCGGUCAGUGCACCACCUGCAUCCCGAACUCCUCCCUCUCCUGUUCACGCUGGCACUCUAGUGGCUCCUACAGACACACCAACUCCCAUCCCAAUCCCCACCCAAACCUCCGCUGCCCCAUCCUCCCCCUCACCCACCGCCUCCCUUCCCCCUGGACGGCUCUCCCUCGUCCCGACUACGACACUGAUUUUGAAUAUUUCGACAAGGCUUUAACGGGCGGCACGCCCCGGCCUGUAGCGGGCUUCGUCUCCCCCUCAGCCAAGUCCAAGGUGCUGCCACACAAGGGCCGUGGCUGGCUCUCUGAUGAAACCACCUGGAAAGACGAUCCCUCAGGUUUGGCACCUGGCUCGGGAGGAGGAGAUCGGGUGGCAGGAAGUGCAUUCGGGUCAAAGGAAUGGCCGUGCUGGAACCCAAAGAACAGGUUCGGAGCACUAGGCUUGGCAGGAGGUCCGGGGCUGCCGUCGCCCUCGUCCUUCUCCCCUCGCUCGCUUGCAUUCUUCCCUCCUGGCGGCAUGGGCAUCUAUGGGCAGGAGCUGGUGCGGGCUGUGCCCAAGGCACAGCAGCAGGAGGUGGGGAAGGGGCGAUUGGGACAGGGAUUGGGACAGGGGCAAGGACAGACAAAGGGUAGACUUGGGGCAGCACCCAGCAGCAGCCACAGUGUGGGUGUCACUGGCAUGGCGUAUCCAGCGCUGGGGGCAGGAGGCGAGGAGGUGGAUUCAGCAGGGGGGCUGGGGCUGGAAGGCGAGACUCUGGGGAGUGGGAGUGUGGCCCCUGCGAGGGGAGUGGGUCGCUAUGGGGGGGUCUCUCGGGAGGAGCUGCUCACCACGCCUCGUGGUGCCAGGUUGUCGCUUAAACCGCCCUGGGCAACAGGCUCGGAUAAAUUCGCCAGUGCCAGCUCAGUUGGAGGUUCGGGAGCUAGCUCUGGCAGCAGCAGCAAUGGAGGAUUGCCCAGGGUGCUGAUUAAAGCUGAGGUUUCGGCAAAUCAUGCUAACGACAGGAGUACACUUUCCACGGUUCAAGACUUGAGCCCUACCGAGGAGUGUACAAUGACCCCUGACAUCCCUACAACCUGCUCGCUGAAUGCGGUCCCAGUGAAGGCCUUCGAAGGCCGCUUUAACAAUGACAAUGGGUCGUGUAACGGAGCUGAUGAUCAUUGUAUUGACGCUAACGGUGGUCUCUCAUGUUUGAUUCCUGGUCCUGCUUAUGCUAUGACGCCAAGAGGCCGUGCUCCACCCACGUCCUUUGCUGACUUGGACAAAAAGGGGAUGGGUGGUUGGGGCAGGGAUGGAGCUAGCAAGGCUCCUCCACUGCCAAUGCCAAGUAGAAGGUGAUACCAAUACUUGAUUUGUUCUGACCUUUCAAAUAAUUUUUGGGAUGAUGC